ACUUCGUUGAAUAAUUAUGAUUAGGUAGAUGAGUGAAUUAUGAACUUGUGUAUGCUUGUCUGUCCCUCUGUGUGAGUUAGAUGAAAUGUCUGGCGUUGGUGGGAAAGGUGGACAUGGUAGUCUACCUUCUAACUCCAGUCAAACCAACAGAGUUCCUCCAAUACCCUGUCCAGUGAGCAACGCAAUGAACACAAGUACCGGUGGUAUCGCCGGGCUCGCCACCUCCCCUAACUCCGGCAGUGAUCUCGCCAGCUUGUUUGAGUGCCCGGUCUGCUUCGACUACGUUCUACCGCCGAUCCUACAAUGUCAGGCGGGUCAUCUCGUGUGUUCAAACUGCCGACCUAAGUUGACCUGCUGCCCAACAUGUCGGGGUCAACUGGGAGCAAAUAUACGCAAUUUGGCGAUGGAAAAGGUUGCUUCAACUGUCUUAUUCCCGUGUAAAUAUUCUAGUGGUGGCUGUGUUAUAACUCUUCUUCACACGGAAAAGAUUGAGCACGAGGAAACCUGUGAGUUCCGCCCCUACUCCUGUCCCUGCCCUGGAGCUAGUUGUAAAUGGCAGGGAAGCUUAGAACAAGUUAUGUCACAUCUCAUGCAGGUGCACAAGUCAAUUACAACGUUACAAGGAGAAGAUAUAGUGUUCUUAGCUACAGAUAUUAAUCUACCAGGUGCUGUUGAUUGGGUGAUGAUGCAAUCUUGUUUUGGUCAUCACUUCAUGCUGGUUCUAGAGAAACAGGAGAAGUUUGAUGGGCAUCAACAAUUUUUUGCCAUCGUACAGCUUAUAGGAACUAGGAAACAGGCGGAAAAUUUUGCGUACAGGUUGGAGUUGAACGGGCAUCGGCGCCGAUUAACCUGGGAAGCCACGCCGCGGUCUAUUCACGAAGGUGUUUCCUCCGCCAUCUUGAAUUCUGAUUGCCUCGUGUUCGAUACAAGUAUAGCUCAGCUGUUUGCUGAUAAUGGAAACCUAGGGAUAAAUGUAACAAUCUCAAUGUGCUGAAUGCUUUAUCUAAUCUCUAGACAGGGGAGGAGGUUAUAGUAUAGCUUAAUUAAAAGUAUUUGAUGUGCUUAUUUUAUGGGACGGAUUAGACAACUUUGCUAUUUAAAAGCUAUGUAAUGCCAUUAAAUAAAAUAAUUUCCAGGCCAUUUAAAUUCCAAAUUAUUUAUUAUUAUGCCUAACAAACAGAAUUAUAUAGCAAAAAAAAUGGUCUAGCUUGACCAUGAGUAGCACAUCAAAUAUUUGACGACGACCUCUUCCUCUAAAGUCAUGAAAGUACACAAUUAUCAUCUCCACUCACUCCAUACACGGAAGUUAUCGGGAUUAUACUUGAUCCACUCUUUUUCUUAAUCUCGAGAUUAAAUAAUGCUUGUUCUCCUCUUUUUAUUGAUCUCCAGAUUAAUUAACCGAUCGGAAUUAAGGAUAUUCCAUUCUAAAGUUUUCAGCUCUGACUUGAGAACUUCAGUGUUGGAUACCCAUAAUACUUACAUAUCCACAGUGGGGCACUUCUGAAUUUUACAAAGAAUCUGUUUAAUCUCUUGAUUUUUUAUAUCCGCAAUUUCUCUGUUCUCUCAUUGGUGGAGAGCAAAAUUCCUUGGCUGUUUGUUUUCCAAAGCCAACACUCUUUACGGGAUAAAAUUAAUCUUUAGAUAAGCAAAAGAUCGAGAUCAAGCAUUGAUCUCGAUAUCCACAAUACAAGAGUUGCUACAAUUUCAAAUUAUUUAAUUCUUGAAGACAUUUAAGUGAAUAGAAGAACAAAAACUACAUUAAUUUCACACUUAAUGGUUCUCACAUGUAGCAUGUACCAAAUCCUACACUACACAGUAUGUUCGUAAAUAUGUAUUUGAGAAUUGGAGAAAAGUAUUUUACUGUUAUUUAUCCAUAUAGCUGUUAGUUACAUUCUACCCCCAUACCCCCUUCAUAAAUCCCCUAGCCCUUUCUCCAAACCGUUUCCCCGUUGAAGAAAAUCCUGAAAAAUAUUUAACCUCUGUAUUUUUCCCCUUGAGCAUACCGUCUCCUUUUUCUUAAAGGGACUGUAAGCGUGAUUUCAAGUGAGCCUCCAUACAAAGAUUGCAAUGCCAGAUUUACAACGGUGCCCUUAAAAAUAUAUCUGAUUUCAUUUAUGUUUUAUUUCUUGUAACUGUUGAUUUUUAUUUGUAUGGCUUGCGACUUGCGCACUUCUUGCGCACUUUUUAAGUCAGAAAAACGACGGUAUUGACGGUAUUUUUGAGUAGAUAAAGAUUUUAAGGGUUUAGUUGUGAAUCGGACAUUUUCAUCUUUACAUAGAGGCUCACUGAGAAUUACCCUUACAGUUCCUUUAAUACAAUAUUCUAUUUUCUCUCUCCUUCUGACUAACCCUCUUCCUCCCAACUUUCUUCUGUUUAAUUACAUCUAAAAAAAUAUAUGAACAAAUUUUUUAAAUAAUUAUCAAAAUGAAAUGAAACAAUCAGUUUCAUAAUGUAUUAUUGUGUUAAUAUUGCUGCUGUGUACACUUACAUUGUACUGUACAGUUUUCGUAAUUCGGGGAUGGUACAUGAUUCGAGAUCAGCUCUAAAAUUUUGUUAACAUAAUCGGAGAUUUAUUUACACGAAUGACGACUAAAUUGUACAUAGUUUAUAGUCGAAAUUAAAUGUCGUCAUGUUAAAUAAAGUCGAACGCUAUUCAAGACAAUUUCAAAAACUUAAAAAGUUAUCACGUUUUGAUCGUCUGUUCAGAAGUUGUUAUUUGUAUCAUCACCUGGACAAAUUCUUUUUGAAUGACACAAUUUGUUCACCUCCUCACUACGUUAUCAAUACAAUAGUUGGGCAGAUUUUGCUUGAAGAAAAAAUUAGUUUUGAAGAAUUUUAAUGAAUAAAAUAUGAGUGAUAAAUUUAUUAUAAAUACACAUGUUGUAUGUAUUGUAUAACGUAUAUUAUUGAUCCAAAUAAAUCGUUUUACUAAACUAAA